AUGUCCUCUUCGAAAACAAAGGCCAAGGCCGCACAGCCAAAAUUUUCUCCUCAGGGUUCGUGCUCAAUUCAACAGCAGUAUAAUCGUUUCCAGAAUGACCUGCAGACACUCGCGAGCAAGAUCGGAGAGCUAGAGCAGGAGGCAGAAGAGCACAAUCUUGUGCUGUCCACCUUGGACGAAGCCCUCGCUGAGGAACCCGAUCGGAAGUGCUUCCGUCUGGUCGGCGGCGUUCUGGUUGAACGCACCGUCAAGGAUGUCGUGCCAGCUCUCAAGACGAACCGUGAUGGCAUCCAGAAGGUGAUCACAAGCCUUGCGGAACAGUACAAAAGCAAAGACGAAGAGUUCGAGAGCUUCAAGCGAGAGUAUAACAUCCGACCAGCACCCACCAGUUGA